AUGUCAGCAUCCAAUCUCCGAAUAUUGGCAAUUUCCGAUUGUCAAGGUAAUUUGGGGUCUAUCGAAGAACUCUGUAAACUUCAUCCAGAUGUUGAUAUAAUAGUUCAUUCAGGGAACUUUGGAUUUUGGGAUUCGAAUACUAUUACAAAUUGCACAGAUAUAAACUACUUAAAACAAAUUGUUUCAUUUCUGGAAGUAUUGGAAAGUGAUCUUAUUCAAGAGCUAAAUGAUUAUAGUUUUAUUAACGGGAAUUUUGGUAAUGGAGCUUAUGGUGAAAGCACCUCCAAAACAAGCUCUGCUCAAAACAACGCUGAUUCAGAUUCAAAUACAUACUCUAUUACUGAUGAGGAAUUCAAAGAAAGACUUCAACAAUCUUCUAAUGGACUUAGUCAACUUUCUCUUUACCUAGACGGGACAAAGCAACUUCCAUGUCCAGUAUAUACCAUCUUUGGUCCCUUGGACGACCCCUAUGUGAUUAACAAGUUCCAAACAGGGCAAUGGGACAUCCCCAACUUAUUCCUUUUGGACCAGAACAACACUUACACAAUUGAAACACCAAAAGCUUCUCAACCUAAUAUCAGAUUGUAUGGUCUAGGGGGGUCAUUAAAAAUUCACAGUUUAUUUGACAGUGGCAGUUUGGAACUCGAAAAUGUUGCUGGUAAAGUUGGUGACUUAUGGAUUACCCUUACUCAAGUGGCCGAGUUGUAUUCUAAUUUUAUGGGUCCAAAAAUUAGUAAUAGAUCGGUUGAUAAUGCGGUGGGGAUAUUUGUUAGUCAUGCACCGGUUAUCAAGACUCCUUUAUUGGAACAUUUUGCUAUUUUAACCAAUGCUGAUAUUACUUUGAGUCAAGGUUUACAUUUUAGAUAUCCAGUGAUAUUGAAUGGUAUGAGUUGUGUUGAUAGUAUGGGAGGAUCUGCAGGAUACAUUGAUAACUAUAGAUCAAAGUUUUCUCGAUUGAGGAUGAUUCUCGGUGAAUUAUGGUUAAUAAUCAAAGAUGAGCUACAACAAUUAUUACAGGGAAAUCAGAAUUCGUAUUUACGACAAACAAUUGAAUUGGGUUUAAGCUUAUUUGAUAAAAUUCCUAUUUCAAUCAAUGAUUCUGUUGAUAAAAUCAUCCCCUUGACAUUAUCAGAAGAAGGUGACACAAUUGAAGAUCAUAAUCUGCGUUUCAAUAAAGAACUAUUGAAGAAAAUUAAUGAUUAUUAUUUCCAGGCGUACUAUAAUUUAUGGCAUUUCAAUUUGUGUGAUUUGGGAGAAUCUCGUCAGCAUCAACAAGCAAGUAAGCUGAGAAUAAAACCACCAAGAUACAAUAUUAUUAUAUUUGAAUUAGAUGAAAAUGGGUACUUCAACCUUGCCCAAUGUACAAGUUUGGGCUUUAAUUUCAAAUUCAAAUCAGAAGAAGAAUAUGAUGAAUAUGAUGAAGAUCAAACGAAUUAUUCUUCCAAUUCGGAAGGAACAAGCAUGACAAUUGAUGAAGAAAAUGAUUUUCGAACAGAUAAAGCUGACGAUGUGCAUAACGGGAGUGCAACAGGGAUAAAUAGUUCCCCAAGGAAGAUACAUUUUAUUGAAUAUUCACCGAAACUGAGUACUCGGAGAGCCAUUGUUUCCAGAAGCACUACGGAAAGUGGUAGAAAUGGGAAAGAUGGGGGGUUUAAUACGGAUGGUGGCACAUGUGAUGACAAUUUCCGUUCCUCAAGAUAUAGAGGAACAAAAAAGGUGAACGCUAAUUUCCGUGGAGGUCUGUCAUCCAGAGGUGGUGGAAGCAGAGGAGGAGGAUCUAAUGGACGUCCUACAACAAGGGGAGGUCGGGGUCUUUUCAGAGGAAGAUCACGAGGUAGAGGAGGAGGACGACCUUAA